AUGGCUAGCCGCGCUCACUCUCUCCGACUCCCUUUGCCCACCCCGAGACGGCCAAUCCACCCGCAGCGGGCAGCUUCCAGCUCGUCGGAAGCGUCACACCUCUCCAACUCGUCGCCCCGCUCGCAUGCGUCGGAGGACCCGUUUGUCCUGUCUCCCGUGCAAACGCCGGCGCACGAGACGACAGUCCCGCCCCGAGUCAUGUUUUCGCGGCUUGCGACGGACCCGGCCGCCGCUCGAAAUGGCCUGCUCCUUGGCAAAGAAGUCCCCUCUCGCCCCCGAGACUCGACCAACAAGCCAGUGUCGCCAAGCCUUUUGAGAAUCGCGAAUUCUAAAUCUGGGCCAACAACCGCUAUUGAUGUGCCUGUGAACCGCAAGUCUGUGUCGACCACAUCAGCUGAAACUAGCACCCCAUUGGAACCGCUGUCCGCAAGAGGUGAUCUUCCUGGCGGAUACUUUCCGCUCCACGAAGAAGAGCCCCGCGUUCACAUUCCACACCCCUUCCAGGUCGACACCGACAUGGCCCGACGAAGUUCUGUACAACGGGCCGCCGAGUCUUGCCAACCUAGCGUCGAGCCCAGCUCCUUCUCGUCUGCUCAUAACCCACGGCCUACCCGAGGAAAGCCAACCAACACCUUGAGCACAGUAACCUCCCCAGAUACUCCCAUUUCAUCCUACAACCCCACCGGUCUUCACGAUGAUGUGGUACUACCUUUGGGGAAGUACUACCCCUCCAACUGGGAACGGCGCCACGGCAAAGGUCCACCGAGUCGACCUACCACGGCCGGGGCUCACUCCGAGCCUCAAGUGCCCAAGUCCCAAGACUCCAACCCAUCUUCCCCGCACGCCCAACGACCAGGUUCCGACGUCAAGCGGCGGCUUCAACAGUACCAACGCGACAUGAUUGCGCAGGCCGCGAUGGCCGCCAACGCGCUCAUCGUCAGCAGCGGCUCGGCAGGCUCCGGCGGCUCCGGAUCCUCCAUCGCCUCGUCGUUGCGUGGGUUGACUCUACCCCAAGGCCACCUCGCCACGACGUUCCUCAAGACGCACAAGCCGCGCUCGCCGCGCUUGGAGCCUGUCGGCAGUCCCGGCCCGGUUACUCCCAUGUCGCUAGAGGCGGAUAGUUAUCUGAGUUUGGGCGCGCCUGUGGAUGUUGAGGCCGGUGGAAAGGGGCCGUUUUUUCGGCAUGAUGUAGCCCUGUCGCCGAGCGAGAUGACGACUGCUUCGAUUUGA